AUGCUGGCACUGGCAGUUUCAGGACUCCUUGCCGCACUGGAGUCUACAGUCGUCGGGACAGCGCUGCCAUCCACCACUAGCGACCUUGGUGGUGGGGAGAGAUACGUCUGGGUCACGAUUGGAUAUUUUUUGACAAUGACUGCGUUUCAGCCACUGUUUGAUCAGCUUGCCGACAUCUUUGGUCACCAGUGGCUCGUCAUAUUUGCCGUUGCCCUUUUCGCACUGGGAAGCGACAUUUGUGGUGGCGCAAACACCAUAGAUAUGCUGAUUGCCGGGCGGGCUAUCCAGGGGUUUGGUGCCGGAAUAAACGUGUUGGUGGAAACCAUAGUAUGCGAUAUUGUGCCCCUGAGGGAACGCGGUUCAUACCUGGCUAUCAUAUUUGGGGGCAUAACGAUUGGUACAUCGAUUGGGCCUGUAAUUGCGGGCGUUAUUGUUCAGCAGACGACCUGGAGGUGGGUGUUCUACCUCAAUCUCCCCAUUGCCGAGCUGGGGCUCGUCCUGCUUGUUGCCUUUUUGCGCGUGAAGGGAACAUCAGGACCCCUGGGGGAGAACCUGAAGAAGCUUGACUACUUUGGGAACACGCUGUUCAUUGCGGCAUGUAUCUCAGCUUUGAUUGGGAUUUGCUAG